ACUGCGGUCGCCUUUUUGACGAUUGUUAAUAAGCUAAUUAAUCGCUGAGUCAGUGAUACGAUGGUCCCGUUUUGUUGCAACUCUCCUUUGUACCCUGGAUGGAUUUGGUGAUUGGUAACAAGAAUGACAUACUCACCUGGUUGCAGAAUAGGCUACAUUGUGUUCACUACUGCCAACUAGUUCUAGAUGAAUAACUUAUAAUGUUAGGAUGACAACCACUGAACGAACCAAGGUGGUUGAACAGGGAGAAAAUGGAGGGGGGUGUGGAAGCACAGACAACCCACCCCCCUCAUCUGCGUCAUCAUCAAACUCGAACUCGAACGCUUCCACCCCUUCAAUUCCCCCUAGUGGGGUUAUGGUACCAGGGGGACCAAAAGGUCCAGAUGGAACAGUCAUUGAGGAGGUUAUGACAGCUGUAGUCGGCAAGAAACAGCCAGUAAGAGGUCAGGCUUUCCGAGCUCCCAAUGGAGAAUAUACGUCCUAUCUUUGUACAGAUGAUACUACACUAUAUAGACCAGGAGAUUCUGUAUACAUUGAAAGUCAGCGGGCUGACCAACCAUUUUUCAUCUGCUCAAUUCAAGAAUUUCGUAGGGUAAAUGACCUGAGACUGAGUAAGAGGGACACAUUAAUGGUCAACAUAAAAUGGUUUUAUAGACCGUCUGAAGUGCCUGAAACUGUGUACCAGCGUCUUGUUCAGGAUCGCAACACUGAAAACAAUAACAGAUCCUUGGUAACAGAUGACCCUGUAAUCAAGAGCAGAGAGCUUUUCAUUUCCGAUGCAACUGACACCUACCCAGUUUCGGUUCUCCGAGGUUUAUGCAGGGUUGAUCAUUAUUCAGACAUUCAUGCUGUGAGGGACUUUCUCCCUGAAGAUAAUUCCUUUUUUUAUAUUCUUGGAUAUAACCCAGAGACAAGGAGGCUGGCUUCUACUCAGGGAGAAAUACGUGUAGGCCCCUCUCAUCAAGCCAAACUUCCCGAAUACAGGGGUAAUGUGGUGGUUGAUGAGCGGCCAGAAGAAUGUGCUGAUUGGGAAGAACAAAGAUGGGUGCCAGGUGCAUCAAGAGACACGGAUCUUCUCAUGUACCUGCGAGCAGCACGUUCUAUGGCAGCAUUUGCUGGGCUUUGUGAUGGCGGGUCCACCACUGAUGGUUGUAAUGCUGCCUCUCGCGACGACACAACAAUUAACGCUUUGGAAAUGCUCCAUAACAGUGACUAUGACCAUGGUAAGGCUCUUCAAGCGCUUGUGAAAUGCCCCGUCCCUGAUGGAAUAGAAAAGAAAUGGUCAGAGGAAGAAAGAAAGCGAUUCAUGAAAGGUUUACGACAGUAUGGCAAAAAUUUCUUCAGAAUACGCAAGGAUCUCUUGCCUCACAAAGAAACAAGUGAUUUGGUGUGCUUCUACUAUUUGUGGAAGAAGACUCCUGCGGCAGCUGGCCAAAGACCGCAUCGACGGCAUCGUCGUCAAAAUGUUUUGAGGAGAAUUAGAACACCCAGAGCUCAGCGCAACACAGGUCCCAGUGAUCCUCUAGAUCCUUCCUCGGCAUCAGAAAAGGAUGAUGAUUCAGACGACUCAGAUUCUAAAGACCGUCAAGGAUAUCAUUGCAGACAUUGUUACACCACAUCAUCCCGUGAUUGGCAUCAUGCUGGGAAAGACAAACAGCUUUUAUGUUAUGAAUGUAGAAUCCACUUCAAAAGGUAUGGUGAUCUACCUGUCAUCACAAACCCACGAGAGCCUCCUCUUGGGUCUGGUCGUCCACCUCCAACACCUACUGAAGAAGACUUACGAAUGAGGACGAGGACUCGUACCAAAGAGAUCAGCACGAGACAUCGUGCUGCCAGACGCUCACGUGCAAAUACUCCAGAUAUAACAGAUGAGUGUCCAACCCCUGACCGAAGGACUCCAGAUAGAAGAACCCCAGACAGAAGGACCUCUAGGCAUUCUGCCUCUCCAGCACCAAAGAAGGUUGAUGAUAAGAAUGGUCCAAGACUGAAACGUAGCCGAGGUCCAGAUGAGACAUCACGUCCCUCUACUCCUAGCAAACGGAAGCGUAAUGGGGAUGAUAUAUCAGGCCUUAGUUCAGAAGAAAGUUCUGAUGAAGGGGAUGGUGGAAGUGGUGACCCAAGUUCUCCGUCAUCCGUUGCACCAUCUACACCAACACCACAGCUACACACCAUCCCUCCACCUCAACCUCCCAGUGUUUCAUCCAUAUCAUCAGUCCCCACUACAACUAGUACUGUAACCAUUACUUCUACUGCUCCAACUAUUGUGUGUACAGCAGCUACUACUAGUACUAUGGUUACUACAACCUCCACAACUACCAUUGUUUCUACCCCUACCCCUUUAGUGGUUACAACAGAGACAGGUGCUGUUACAGCUGUUUCUACAGCAACACCUACUGCAGUAUGUCCUUCACCUCCACCUACAGUACCACCCCACAUUAUGUCUGCUUCAGCAAGUAUUGCAUCAUCUCCUCCUCAAACACCGCCAACCAAAGUCAGGUCUAUAAUUCCUCCUGGAACUGUAAGGCCUGUUUCAAGCUCACCUUUGCCCCCUAGUGUUGUUCCGACAACAGCCUGCAUAGUAACAGCUUCACCCUCUCUGGUACAACCCACUUGGGCAGGUGUGGUGCAAGGUGCUCUUUCACCAGCAAAUGUCCCACGGUUAUCUCCUGGAAAUUUAGUGCCUCCUCCAGCCCACAGUGGACCCACAGUACAAGCACAAGUGAUUGGCCGCCAUUCUAUUCCAGCACCUUCUACUCCACCAACAGUUGCUAACAAUAUAAAACCUGUAAUAAUAUCCUCUGCUAUCACAACUACAGUGAGUGGUAUUACCAGUCAGAGCUCACCAAGACCUAUUGUUACUACCUCACGUAUUCCUUCGGGCCACCAGAUUGUGAAUCCUGGAAUUUCAAGACCAUCCUCACUGACUGUUGUAGCACCUGUAGCUUCUGUUGGGCUUGCAACACCAACAUCAAUGGCAGCAACAACUGUAACAAGUGCAUCAAGGCCUGUGUCUAGUGUGGCCUUAGAAGAACGAGGAUCGGUAGUUAGAGCCCCAGUGAGUGGGGUACCUCAUAGUGUUCUUGUUGGUGUGCCAGGGGCAUCACCAAAUGCCCAAGAAAAAUCAUUGAAAAUUAAACCUGAGCCCGAAAUGAGGUAUCCUACUGGUAUCCAUCCUGUAGUACGACCACCUUCUGUUCAUAGUUAUACUCAGGCAGGACCCAUUCCCUGUAGUACAUCAGUGACUCAAACAUCACCAAAUCCUAGUUCUAUGGCCAGGGCUAGCCCUGGUCCAGGUCUGUAUACAGUAAGUAUGCCUGGAACCCCACCUGCAUCAACAACUGCACAGCCAGUUUCUUCAAGACCACAGCAUCCUGUGAUGCCUGUCAUACCUCAUGGAAUGUCAUCAAUGCCUUCUUAUCCCGUUAUACCUGGGAUGAUAAAAUCUGAAGUAAAACGAGAGCCUGAAAGUUUACCUAAGCCUGAGAAGUUGAAAUAUGAACCAUUACCAAUACCAUCAAGUGAAAGUUACAAAAGUGAGCCAAUAAAAUCAGAGAUAAAAUCAGAAAUUAAAGCUGAAAGAGGAGACAGACCUGAAAUUAUAGCAGAAUUUAAAGCAGAACCCCGUCAAGAAGUAAAACCACCACCACCAUCAGCCUCUUCCCUACCCCCUGGUGUACCACCUGCCCUGUCACCAUUACCUCAUCAUUUGGCUAAUCCAGCUUAUCCUUAUGCCUAUGCAGCUUAUGGUUACCAUCUUCCAAUGCAGUACCAGUAUGGAGCCCAUCCUCGUCCCCCACCUCAUAGACCCCAGUCUCCUUCUCAAAGGCCUAGUAGUACAGGCCCUGCUCCUUCCUCACCAGCAGUAUCCAGUACAAGCAGAGCUUCACCAAACCCUGUUCCUAUGAAUGUUACAACUGGUACUUCCACUGUUACUACCUCGUCUACCAAUACAAAAGUUUCGUCGUCCCAUUCAGCUCAUACACCUCCACAUCUAGGACUUCCAAUGUUUUCUAGUCGUUCUGGAGCUCCUCCUCAUCUUUCUUCUUCUCCAAGUAAACUCUCAUCUAGUCAGCCUCCAACAGCGCCACCUGGCUUGCGUCCUGGAACUUCUGGAACAGGUCUUCCAGGAAUUUCUCCAGGUUUAUCUCCAGUAGCAUCGGUUGCCCCACAGCCUUUACCAACACCACCUGCUGCUCACACAGGACCAGUUGUAAAACCCCCAAGCAUACCUCCCAGUUUAGUUCAGCCAACUCCUGGUGCUGCUGUUCCACCCCCAACAACUCAAGCUCUGCCUGCAACUGUACCACCAAGUCAUCCUGCCUAUCCUGGUGGCCCUGCUGCUCCCUUAGGAUCUGGAGUUCCUGCACAUGAUGGUGAAGAUCAUGAUGAUGGAGAGGAGGAUAUUCCAUCUCACAGGGAGCCAUCUCCAGAGCCCAAGAUUGAGGAUUCAGAAUUUCAUCGAUCUGAAAGUGCAAUAUUUUUACGACAUUGGAAUAGAGGAGACUUCAAUUCUUGUACACGGACAGAUCUUACCUUUAAGCCUGUACCUAACAGCCAGUUAGCACGGAAGCGUGAGGAAAGACAAAGAAAACAAGCUGAAAAAGAACGCGAGGAAAGGGAGAGAGUACAAAAAAAGGCUAGUACACCGGAAAAACGAGAAACGCCCAAACCAUCAACUUCUAGUGAAGCUGCCUCAUUGUUUGAUCGCAUCCAACCACCUAGAAACCCAGCGGAUACUCCAGCUCUUGCUAGACUAGGGGAAUAUGCACGUCCAGUGGCUGGGUUGUCUCCGGGAGCUAGUCGUCCUCCUGGGCUUAACCUCCCUCCUGGAAUGCCUACUGGUCCCCAUAGCUUAGACCUGCUACAUUAUGGAAAUAUGGCUGCAAUAUAUGCCUCAGGUGCUGCUGGAACAACACAUGAGAGGCUGGAGAUGGAAGCUCGUGAUAGAGAACUUCGGGAAUUAAGGGAGCGAGAGCUAGCUGACCGCUUGAAACAGGAAAUGCUUAAGCAGCGUCCCUUAAACCCACUGGAGUCAACCCUGCCUCAUGGACUUUCACCUCACUGGCUUUCAGGAUCUCGUUUUCCUGCAUUUAGUCCCCCAGUAUCAUUGCCCUCAGGGUUUCCACAUUCACAUGCACCUUUAUAUCCUCCUGCGCCAUCAGUUUCUUCAGCUGCCUUCAUUGAUCGCGAAAGAAUGGAAAGAUUAGGGCUGCCAGCCACGACCUUGGCUCUGAGUGCUGCAGCAACUCCUUCGGACAACUCGUUGGCUGUAUCCACUGCGGAGAGGCUGGCCCUAGCUGACCACAUGCAUCGGAUGCAGAUGAUCAAUGAGGUUCAUGCCCAUACUCACUCCCAUGCCCACACCCACCUUCACCUUCACCCAGAAGCUGCUGCAGCUGCAUCCUAUCCUCGGCCACCUAUUUUACGACCUGGUGAUCCGCCUCCACCUCUACCACCAGGGUAUCCACCACAAGCCCAUCCUGCAACUUUAUUGAGCAGACCUUAUGAAGAGCAGUUAGCUCAUAUUUCUGUGGCACAUGCUCAUGAGCAGCUUCAGCGACAAAUGUUAAUGGAGAGGGAACGUUUUCCUCAUCUGAAUCCUGGAGGCCAUUUCAGACCAGAUUAUGGACAUGGGAGGUGAAGCAUGCAUAAUAAUCUAGAUAUGUUAUGUCAUAAAAAUGUCAUUGUAAACAGUUAGCUCAUUUUACAGCGAGAUGAUUCACAUUCGUGAAGGUGAUAAAAAACUAUUGGCAAGGAGGAAAAGGUCUUGGGUAUCCUGUAAAUGUAGCAUCUUAAUUUUAUUACUGUAGUUUAGUUUCAAAUUUAACUUUGUGUCUUAAUUCCAAACUCAUGGUUUCUUUUUCCUCCAUUUCAAAGGCUUGAGGCUGUAAACAGUUGUAUGUAUUGACGUGGAUGAAUUUUAAUUGUAUAUAAGUUUUUUUUAUAACUAGUAUGAAAAGUUUUCACUGAUCUCACUAAUUAGGGAAUGUACAUUCUUAACACAGAUCUCAUAUGAAAGACACAACCUUUGAAAGCAUCAAAAUUAGAGUAAUGUUAUUUUAUGUGGUUUGAUCUAGAUUGGGAUUUUAUCAAGUAGAAUUUUCAUUGUACAAUAAGCCUACUUUUACUCAUAGGCCUUGAAGUAGCACUGGAUGUCCUUGUUUGAUCUUUUGCCAUUUUUAAACAGGUUUUGUGUGGAUAAUAGCCAGCCUUAAUUAUUUUUCCUACUAAAAUAACAUUCUCCUAUCUAUAUUAUUGUAUGGGAUAUUAAGUAUCUAUAUCUAUAGUAUGUUUUGAUGAGACAAGAAACAGAUGUGGGGUUCACCACUUUUAUUUCUAAUUUGAUGUGGUUUUUCAACUUUUCAUAAAUCAGCUUCAGGAUUUUACAGAUGCCACAAAAUAAAUUGUAAAAAAAACUCAAAUGUUGUUCCUUUCAAAAACAAAACCUAGUGACAGUUCUGCUUUUUGUAGCGAGACUUAAUUGUGCACUUCUUUUCAUGCAAAUAUCAGUGAUGGCACCUAUGAGCCUUUCAUUUUUACAGUUAUCCUGAAAUAUUUUUCUGAAAUUGAAAUCUCUGUACUUUUCCAUAACUUUAUUAAUUCUAACUCAGUUCAUUUGUAAGAUGCCAUCAUUACACUGGAUGUGGAAUAAGUCAAAGGGUUUUUAGUUAGUUUUCUUCUUUAGUGCUAUCAUUACACUGAGUUGGUUUAUAAAUCAUGAGGGAUUUGUGUGAUUUUUCUCCUUUAGAACUCACUGAAUUAAAUCUGACAUUAGUGUUUUAGACUGAAAAUGGAGGAAAUGGUGAUAAUUUUUAGUUUCACAUUCUAAGUGAUAUGUCUUGUUAAUGUCUUCCAGUGUUUAUUUCCUUCAGUGUAAAAUAAUAGGAAGAUUAUUUUUUUACAAAAAAUGUGUGUUUAUUGCUCCAUGGUUUUACACUAUCUUUAGUCACUGGUACUUAGUUACAUAUGGUAUGCCAUUGGUUGAUAAAAGCUUUCACUGCAAAAGUAUGUAUGAUAUGCAGCGCAAGAAGAUUAUCCUGUUGUUAAGACCAAAGGUUUGUUAGCUGUGAAAAAUACAAAUUGAUUAAAAAUUUGUCAUUUCAACACCCUUAAUCACAAAAAUUCUGUCUCUACUGCUAAGGUGUUGGAAAUACAGGACAGGUCCUUUGUGAGACUAAAUGAAGGUGUUAUAAUAGUAUUAUAAUGUAUAGACUAUUUACACAGGCAACAGAAAUACAUAUCAACAGUAUUUAAGUACAAGUGUGGUGAUGAGCAUCCUAAAUAGAUAUUACAGAAUAAAGCAACUUUUAUUUUAAAGUUGCAAAUUUUGGGAAACGAUUGUUAAUAUCAGUUUAUGAUUGAUGUUCAACAUCAUUUUCUAAGAGUGCUUUUUAAGACUUGUAAAUAAGUAAAUCAAAUCUCAGUUAUUUGCAAUAACUGAAAUCUGCUUUCAGUAAUGUAUAUAUACUGGGAAUAAGAAUGCCUCACAGCCAUUUUUUUACCCUUUUCAAUAUCAGUUAUGUCUUUAGCUGUAGAUUACAUGUUUGAAAUAG